AUGGCGGGAGAGUCUCUCUUCCAAGUGGGUGAGAAUGUGGAGUUCUGGCGGGUGUUGGCUCACUUAAGUAUCUUAGCGGUGGUUCUUCUAGUCUUCGAAUAUGUUCUGCACUAUGUAGAACAUCACUUAGCGCGUUACGACAAGUACUACCACAUGCUUCAGAAGGUGUACAGGGAAUUGAUGAUCCUCGGGUUGAUCAGUCUCGUGUUGAAGAUUGUCAAGGAAGUUGCACCGAUCGACAGCUACAGCAAACCGAUGAUCGCUUUUCACGUCGCGGAUCUCAUCAUCUUCGGCUUCGCUAUCGCUCUUGUGCUCCAGUCGAUCUGUAUUUUCCUCCAAGUUCGAAGAUACAGCAAACGCGCCUACCAAGCCGAGUUGAUCACCACAAGAGAUUUGCUAUUAGAUCUCAACAAACGCGAAAACAACAUUACGAUCUCCUGUUCGCCAAAGGUAUUCUUCUCGGUCUAUGGAGAGAAACCAGUCAGCCGCAAGCUGGCAAACAAGGAAAUCGUGAGAUAUCGGGUACUUCGCCACUUUUUCCUCCGUCGAUUCGGUCUACCGCAACUUUUCCCGUUUUCCAGAUACAUACGACGCGCGCAGGCCAACCAAAUCUCGCACAUGAUCGAAGUGAAGCCGACGAUAUGGUUUUUGGUACUCGCUGUGGCUUGGGGGAUCUAUGGAGUAUCAACUCUUUUUGAGGAGGUUUCACUAGUUAAACUUCUUGUGAUUUUCUCGUGGGCUUUGGUGCUGCUUCAUUGUCUGGUGCUGAUUUAUCUUCGCUCGUGUGUGCAUCAGCUCCUGAAAAUUACCGGUUUCAGUGAAGACAGACACAUUCUGUAUGUGAAUCUCGCUCUUGUUGCCGAAGAAGAAAUGGCAGCUUGGGAGAGCGAGACGGCUGAAAGUGCAUUGGACACGAUGAACCGAGUUCAUGAACUGCAGGAAGAGAUCGAACACGAACGGAAAUCACAGGGACAGUUUUCAUGUGGGGCCAGCAAUUCGGAGGGAAAUAUGAAAUCCUCACAUCGGGAAAUCCCGAAACUAAAAAUUCGCUUUUUCUCGGCGAAAUUUUGGCACAUUGUUGUCAUGCUGCUUUUGACACUGAAUGGAUUCUUCACUGCGUUAUUCGUGCAAUGCGCACUGUACAAUCUGGACGAAAUCUACAACCAGCUCGGACUGAUUGCUGCUAUCAUGGUCCCGCUUCCAAUGCUGUUGAACACGCUGGUGCUGCAGCAAUUCAUUUUCAGAGAUUUUACGUUGGUUUGCAGCUUCCUUCACCUUGAUGCACAUACUUUGGGAGACGUCACAAACCACUUUAUCGAGACUGUGGAACUCCAAUCUCAAUUUGCAGUUUCAGUACUGCAGUGCUUAAAGGACGGGGGUCUCACGAUUGCGUAUCUGGAGUCGGUCGUUCGGUCUCAUGAUCUCGAUAACUUGGGAUUAAUUGAGAUCGACAGUCUUCGUGCCAUCUUGGCCUCGGUCGGGUUCAGCUUGACGCGGUUUCGUUUCAGUAGUGUUGUCAACUUGUUGUUUGAUCUCAAGGGGACGAGCGUCGAGUACAUUCAGCUUUUUCAACUUUUGGUACUGGUCCAACAAGAUCACGAGGGAAACGAUCAACGCUCUGGGUUUCAGGAUUUUCGGCGAAGAUCCGAGUCAUUUGAUGACAAAGGGGCAAACAACUCCAUUUCCGCUGUUGACUUGAGUUUAAGUACGAUUCAGCGUUUUGGUUUGUUGGCUCAAUCGAAUGUUGCGUCGGACCUCGCGAGCAGCGACUUUGCUUUUUUGAGAACCGUCUCACCGACGUUGCGUCGGAUUUCGACCUCGGGCCAAUUGCCAGUUUCGAAGGAUGAAAAUCACAUUCGUAGAUCUAUGUUGCAGCGAAGUUAUACAAAUCAAAUUACUGGCUCAAGCUCGCGAGCGCUGCAUUUCAUGUACAACAUCCGCCAAUUAGGACAGUUUCAAGAGGAGUCAAUCGUGAAAGGCGCGUCGAUGGUGUAA